AUGUCAAGAAGGGUUGUGGUGACUGGUUUGGGCUGCAUAACGCCACUUGGUACCACGCUUAAACAGUCAUGGAGUAAUUUGCUGGCUUCGAAAUCUGGUGUAGUUCCAAUAACCUCUUUGCCUAAUUACAAAUCGGAUUACGAGCAGUUUGCAAACAGCGUGCCUCCAACAGUAGUAGUUGGUAAGAUACCGGAGCUACAAGAGCAGGUGGGUCUAGUUACUGAUCAAGAUGCAAGAAGGGUGUCUGAUUUCACUAAGUUGGCUAUACUCGCGUCUCAUGAGGCGUUGAGCCAUGCUGAUUUACUUGAGAAAAGGAGUGGAGAUGAGGUAUCCAUCGAUCAGAGUAAGGCGAACUUGUACAGGUUUGGGUGCGUAAUAGGCACAGGGAUAGCUUCUAUUCAGGAUUUUUACUCCACAAGUGUGAGCUUCCAUAACGAUCGCAAGAGAGUGAAUCCGGUUUUCGUGCCGAAGAUUCUCACCAAUAUGGCUGCCGGUAAUGUGUCAAUAAAGUUCAAUUUGAAGGGUGUCUCGCACUGUGCCUCCACCGCGUGCGCAACCGGCAAUAAUUCCAUCGGCGACGCAUUCAACUUCAUUCGACUUGGGAUGGCAGAUGUAUGCUUGGCUGGAGCUAGUGAAUCGUGCAUACAUCCGUUGAGUCUUGCCGGCUUUAUAAGAACGAAAAGUAUCACCGUGGAUGACGGGGUAUCACGACCCUUUGAUGCGAAACGAUCUGGAUUUGUUCUGGGGGAAGGCGCCGGUAUGCUUGUGUUGGAGUCGUUAGAAAAUGCUGAAAGACGUGGGGCCGACAUCCUUGCAGAAAUUGUUGGGUACGGACUAAGUAGCGAUGCUUUCCAUAUUACUUCACCAUGUUCAGAUGGUAAUGGUGCAAUGCGAGCUAUUCAAAUGGCAUUAGACAUGGGGAAGGUAAAUACGGAGCAGAUAGGCUAUGUCAAUGCGCAUGCAACUUCAACGGUACUUGGUGAUAGAGCAGAAAGUAUUGCAAUUAAAUCUGCUCUUUUACCAGGACCGAGAUCAGGUCUAGAUGGAAAUUUGUUGUUUGUAUCUAGUAAUAAAGGUGCAAUUGGUCACUUAUUAGGGGCUGCUGGUGCUGUAGAAAGCAUUUUUACUAUAAUGUCACUGAAGGAUGAGAUAAUGCCGCAUACCUUGAACUUAGAGAACAUCUCGGGUGCAAAAGGCGACAAUUACGAGAAGGAUUUCAGUGGUAUCACUUUUAUCAAGGAUAAACCGAUAGUUAAUCCAAAUUUGGAGUAUGCAUUAUGUAAUAGUUUCGGAUUCGGUGGCGUCAAUACAUCAUUACUGUUUAAGAAAUGGGUAAAAUAG